ACACCGUCCGCCAGGGAUGUUCAGACUAGAACUCGGUAACAGCUAACAAGUCUGAACAGGACGCGCACACACCCGCUAGCGGUGAUGAAGAAGAUGAUGACGGCUUGUUUUCUCCCUGCGUCUUGACAGCCGUUGCUCCACCUCCUCCGCCUUGAACUGAGGCCGCAGAGAGCGCGCGGAGGAAGCAGACGGGAGGAGGUUUGAGCUGAGAGCCACCACGGACCAGAGACACACCAGAGACACUUCAACGAUGGCAGAGAAUAAGAUGGGCCCGAACCUCCAGGCCGGAGCGGGAUUCCUCGCUAAACGGGUCCAGAAGUCUUUGAAUCGAGCUCAGGAGAAGGUCCUGCAGAAACUGGGUAAAACCAUGGAGACCAAGGAUGAACAGUUUGAGCUCUGCUUCCAAAAUCUCCACAAACAACAGAUGGACGGAAACAGAUUGUUUAAAGAUGUCAAAGCCUAUUACGCAGCAGUGAAAGCUGUGCACGAGACGUCAAAGCGACUGUCCCAGACGUUGCGAGACAUCUAUGAAUCAGACUGGAAUGGAGUAGAAGACCUAGCUGUCAUCACGGACAGCGAAGACUUGCUGUGGAACGACUAUGAAGAGAAAAUAAGUGACCAGAUUGUCCGCACCAUGGAGAACUAUACAAGCCAGUUCCCUGAAGUCAAGGAGCGAGUUGCAAAGCGCGGCCGCAAACUGGUGGACUACGACUCCGCACGCCACCACCUGGAAGCUCUGCAGAGCGCCAAGAAAAAGGACGAAGCCAAAAUAACCAAGGCAGAAGAGGAGUUCAACAAAUCCCAGAGCGUGUUUGAGGAAAUUAAUAACGAGCUGCGAGAGGAGCUACCUGUUCUCUAUCAGAGUCGGAUCGGUUGCUACGUGACUGUUUUCCAAAACAUGUCAAACCUCAGAGACGUCUUCUACAAAGAAAUGAGUGUGCUGAAUCGUGAACUUUACAACGUUAUGAAAAAACUGGAGACCCAGCAUUCGGGCAAAGCUUUCAUCAUCAAGGGCUUGAACAGCUCAUCAAGCAAGUCUAAGAAGAGGAAGUCUCUGGUUAUCUCCAACCCCAUCCCCUGUAAUACAGCUUUCCCAGCUGAUCACGUCUCCAUCCAUUCAUCCACCGAAAACGGCAAAGACGUUGCUCCCUCUUCACCCGUCCAACGGACUGAAAGCGUCUCAGAAGAAAGCGGCGUACCAGAAGAGGGCAGCAUCCCAUCCAAUCAGGUCAGCUCGUCAGACUCAGACCUCAGCUCCAGCGGCACCAACACGCCCAAGAGAAAGUCAGUGUGCAACGACAGCGACGGUAGCACUCACAGUCUGAGUCCAGAGGAGAGCGAGGUGGAGGCAGAGCUCGCUGCACACCAAUCAGAUGACUCCGGUGUGGGAGUUCCAAAGUCGGAGGCUGUGAGUCAGGAAGUUGCUUCUGAAUCCACUGAUGCCACGCAGGGUCUCGACCGGGACUCUGAGGAUGGGCCACCGUCAGAGGAGGCUGAGGCCAAACAUGGACCAGUUCCAGCUCCCCGCGUUGCCUCCCAGUCCACAGACAGAAGCUCCGUCAUAUCUGCAGAAGAGACGGAGGAAGAUUCAGGCAGUCAGCUGCCAUCAGAGCCCGAACAUGACUCCAGAUCCCAAGAUCCACCUGGAUUUCUGUAUAAGGGGGUGGCGAUGGAGAACCACGAAGCUCCUGAAGGAGGACGGCUGCAGUUUGAACAGGGAGACGUCAUCUUGGUGCUCAACGACACUGUCGAGCUGGAAGGCAUGGUGAGGGGGAUCCGGGAGGAGACCUGGAACCAGCACCACUGUCUAGAAAAUCACUCCGGGAUCUUUUCAGAGAAGCUCAUCCAGCGCGUUGAGGCGGACUGAAGCAACGACCUCUCCUCCUCUUCGAGCCGACAGAGGGAGGGAUCCCACAUGUUUUGAGUGCAAAAGCUGAACAAACACAUGAGCAUGAGCCACCCACCCCCCCACCAUGAUGUUGCAACUUGUUGAGCAAAAGCAAUCGAGCUGCACAUUUUAUAAGUAUUGUUUGGAUAUGUUACAGUAUUUUGCUCUUUUCUUUAUAUUUUUAAACUUUUUUUUUCUUUGUACUGUGAAAUCAUUUUUAGCUGUUUUUUUUUUCUUUUUCCUUUUUUCUCUGUUUAAAAACCCAAUAAAGUUCUAGUUAAAAGAGAA